AUGGACUGUUGUGGGCUUUCUCUGCUGGUUGUCACAAUUCUAACAGGAAUCAGCUGUGAACAGCUGACUGCAGUGAAGAAUGAAGAGUCCAGUUUAGAAGGAGCACCUGUUACUCUGUCCUACAGUUACUCUAAAAUAUCACCUGGUGAUUAUUUCUUCUGGAACGCUGAGCACCAAGCUAAUCAGGACAGCUGGGAAAUCAUCCUGCUAGCGUAUGAGGAGCACAGAACCGACCAACAGCAAGUCCGCAGAAAAGCGGAGGUGAGUGCUAACGAAGAGAGGGCCCCUCAGCCUUCAAAGGUUGCUCCUAAGCUGACAAAAGGGAGAAAUGCCAGAAAAGCCCCAGAGGAUGCAGCUGAACUGGUCCAAGACAUAGUUAUUCUUGAAGAUGAGGUAACUCCAGACCAUAAGGAGGAGAAGCCACCAGCUGAUGCAGAACACAAAGUCGAUGAGAACGCAGCACCGGUGAAGAAAAGUGAGCUGAAACCAAAACGAGGGACAAAACCUAAACGAGCUGCAGCACAGCAACGACCAGAUGAGCCCCGUCUGCAACCUGAAGAUGUUUCUCAGGCUGAAGAACCAAAAGAUGCAAGUGAAACCUGCAGUGAGCAGCUGGAGGUGUUGCUAGUCGCUCAGGCUCCUGAAAUGAUGAACCCGCCCAGUGACGAGGUAGCUUGUGAAGCCACACAAUCUAAACCAGCUGCUGUUCGGAAGAAGCCUGUCAGAGGCAGAAAGGCAAUGUCAACCGAAUCUAAAGAGGCUGAACUGAAACAGGAUGCUGCAGAACCAUCAGAAGAGCCCGUUGGUCCUGCUCCAGUCAGAGGAAGACGGGCAAAGAAAACAGAUGCUGCAGCGCCCUCUGCUGUUCUGAAAACCACAAGAACCAGAAAUGCUAAAUCUCCAGACAUGACCACUGAGCAGCCAGCUGUUGAAACACUGGUGAUAACGGAAGUUUCCACUGAAGCCAGUGAUGUCCAAGCCACCCAGGAGAAAAUGGAUUUGCUAUUCUAUUUAGAAAAGGUUGCAUCAAAACCAGCCAGAGAAAGAAAAGCUAAGCUAACUCCUGCGGAGUCAAAGAAAUCUGAAGACCAGAACAGUGAAAAUGUUGCCUCUAACCCCUGCUUUCCACAGGAGCCGGGUUAUGCUCAACAUCCUCUGCCAAUUCCUUCUGCUGCUGGAAAACCCAAACGAGAAAGAAAAGUUGAAGUUGAACAAAGCAAGGUGGUUGACAACACGGACGUACCUGAAGAGAUCAAGCCUCAGCCUCCCAAGAGAAAUCUAACUGCCAGGAACCAGGUAAGAAAUCAAGGAGAACAAGCUGAGCAGGAACAAGUCAAACCAACAGAAGAAAUCCAAACUGAUGAGGUGGUUGUCCCAGAGAAGGCAGACGCUCCACCUGCUGAACCAGAAAAGAGUGAACAGGCUACUGUUGCUGCAAAGCCCAGAAGAGGAGGUUAA